GCCUCCCUCAGCGGCACUAUUCUGCCCUGACCUUUCCACACAGACGUUUGCUGCUUUCUUUGACAGUCGCAAAGUCAAACAUGGACGUCCGCACAGCAUCUAACCACAAUCAAAUGGAUUAUAACUUCGACAACAUGGAGCCCAAACACGGGAAAAUUCUGCCUUGCCAUGAGGAUCGUUUUGACAGCGGCCUGGAUUCGCUGAAGGAGGACGACCUGGUGAACGAGUUUGAGGACAUGACUGUGAACACAAGCGAGGAUCUCAAACAGGAAUACGAGCCUUGGAGAGCUGCAGUGACUGAGGAUGGUGACACGCUUCUCCACUUGGCCAUCAUUCAUGAAGCCACAGAUCAUGCCCUGGAGAUGAUCAAACUGUCUCACAAUCACCCCUUCCUCAAUGUACAGAACCACCAAAGACAGACUGCCCUCCACCUCGCAGUGAUCACAGAGCAGCCCCAGUUGGUUGAGAGGCUCCUGAAGGCCGGCGCUGACGCACGGUUGUCCGACGACAGCGGCAACACGGCUCUCCACAUCGCCUGCAAAAGAGGCUCCCUUGCCUGCUUCGGCGUCAUCACCCAGAACUGCCAACGUCACCUCGCCUCCAUCGUGUCCUUCCCCAACUACAGUGGACAUAACUGUCUCCACUUGGCGUCCAUUAAUGGCUACAUUUCAUUGGUUGAGAACCUCGUUCAGCUUGGUGCAGACAUCAACGCACAGGAACAAUGCAGUGGCCGGACGUCACUUCAUCUGGCGGUGGAUCUCCAGAACCCCACACUGGUCCGUUGCCUACUUGACCUUGGUGCCGACGUUAACUGCUUUAACUACGGCGGCUUCACGGCGUACCACCUCACCUACGGGCGCCAGAAUGAAGAGAUCCGCUGCCAGCUGUACGAAAAGACAGCGCAGGAGCUGAGAGAGCUGCCUGAGAGCGAAUCAGACGAGAGUGAUAUGGAGGAUGUGGACCUAUCGGAAGAUGAGCUGUACGAUGACAUAAAGUUCGGAAAGUAAAUGGAAACCAACUGCUGGUGGUGUGAACGACAGUUAAGCUGCUACUGGGUCGCCCUGCCACGGCCCAGAGGGACACGUCAGUUUCCGUCCCUCCGUCCAGGUCCAAGUCCAAAGGGGCUGGCCCUAGGAUCACAAACAUGAAUGAAGAUGGCGUCCAGUCUGGUUGAGGCCGGUUUCAGAUCACCCUGUGAUCUGCACCAAAACCCCCAAAACAGCAAGACCACAACCUCGAUAUAGUCCUUCUAUAUACUGUAUAAAUAUAUAUUGAUUUGUAUAUACCAGAUGUGUAAUAUAUUGUAAAUACAGAGAUAUUAUUUUUGUACCUGUACAUAUGAUGUGUGAAUUUAAACACUAUAAACAAAAAAUGUUCAGAAUAAAGAAGUUUAUGAAUAUAAA